CUUCGUCAAGAGAGGUCAACACGUUAUAAACAAUCUGUAGAGUAAAACAUGCCAAAAAACAAAGGAGGCGGAGGGAAGGGGAAAGGGAAAGGAGGCGCUGGGGGUAAAUCAGCUGAUAGUGAUGACACAAAAGGAAAGGCAACGAAAGGCGGUACUACUGUAAAGGUCAGACAUAUACUCUGUGAGAAGCAUUCAAAGGUGAUGGAAGCAAUGGAGAAACUAAAAGCUGGGGAAAGAUUUAAUGAAGUUGCUACAAAGUACAGUGAAGAUAAAGCCAGGCAAGGGGGUGAUCUUGGAUGGAUGACGAGGGGUUCAAUGGUUGGACCUUUCCAAGAUGCAGCAUUUGCUCUCUCUCCCAGCACAACAGGCAAUCCAGUUUACACAGACCCACCAGUCAAAACAAAAUUUGGAUAUCAUAUUAUUAUGAUAGAAGGAAAAAAAUAAAACUUUUAUAUUAUGUACUCCUACAUACAUACAUAGCGAAUGGUCUUUACAACCUUUGGCCUCUCUGAUUUAUCUUCAGAAGUAACAAUAAUACAACCAGUUAAACACGAAAUAAGACUCCAUAUAAUACCCUAUAUACAAUACCCAAUAAGAUCAUUUAUUUAGUGAGUGUCUUGGAUGUUUGAAGAAAUAAUAAUGUGUAUUGGAUCAAGUAACAGUCAUGUACACCUGCAACUUAAUAAAUACUUAAUUAUUGUCAUUGUACAAAGCUGGAAUGACACUACGUUUUAAA